AUGCUCCAUUGUGAGGAAGGGAACAUCCAAGAAGUAAGGAAAAUAGUUGAAGAUGGUAGAAAUAACUUUGUUCAAGACAUUGACAUUGAAUACAAAAAUGAGAGCGGACUUACUCCCCUAGCUUUAGCUCUUAAAUACAGAAGAAAGCCUAUUGCUGAGUAUCUUAUUAAUAAAGGUGCUAAUGUCAACUCUUUAAAUAAAGUAAUUACAAAGUUAUUUGCUGACAUAUAUUAAUUUCAGGCAAAGCAAUCUAUACUUUUCAAUACUUGUUAUGACAACUACGCAGAAGGAUUGAGGCUAUUGAUAAAUAAUAAAGCAGAUGUCAAUUAACAAGAUCACCGUGGCUGGACUCCUCUUAUGAUUGCAGCACACAAAAGCCUGAAUGAAAUAGUCGAUAUUUUAAUCAAUGAGGGUGGGGUAGAUGUGGCAAUCACAGAUAAAUUUGGCAAGAAGGCACAGGACAGAGCAGGUAAUAGUGAGAUAUUCUACAUGCUGAGUUCAGCAGCUAUUGAGAAAAGAAUGAGAGAUGCAAGCUCAAGUAAAAGAUAGUCUAAAUCUAAAGUCACUAGUAGACAAAAUAAUAGAAGCUCUUCUAAGAAAAUCACUCUUAGAUAAGUAAAUGAUUCAUACUAAAAUGAGAACAAUAGAUUGAGUGACGAGGUUUUUAAAAUUGAAGAAGGAUAGUAGAAGCCAAAUUAAACUAGAAAUAGACUUACUAGCUAGCAUAAGUCUCAAAUAUUCGUAUCAAGUACAUAGGAUAAGCCUGCUUAGCUAGACACAAUAGAUCAUAUCAAGACCUUGCUAUAUCAGGUUCUUAAGAACCAUUUGAGUAAUAUGACUGAUAAAAUAAAUUAAACUGAGCAGUCACUUAUUCUUCAAUAAAUAUAGAAAGAACUCGCUUCCUAUGAAAAUUAGAUAGCUGAAAAGAUUAUGAAAGCUCUACAAAACAUGAAUUUGAAGCUCUAGAAAGAGAUUACUAACUUUGUAAAUCUCAAAAUUCGAAUAGCUUAUCUCAAGAGCGGUAUAAACAAAGUGGGUAGCAUUGAUAUUGAGGAGACAUUCUUUAAUGAGUUAGAAGAUCUGAUACUAUUAAAAUUAGAUGAUUUAGAGAAUUAAGUAGAGACUGAGAUAUAGAACUCAAAAGUUCAUAGUCCAAGAUAGGAAUAUGUGAGGUAGCAAAAUCUUACUCAUGUUUCAAAUAAAAAGAACAAUUAGAGCGCAAAGAAGAAGAAAAAAUCAUCAAGUAAAUCAAUGAAUCAGCAUGGCUUAACAUUCAUAAGUAAUGUCCUUUAAGAUGACAUUACUAUGAUCAAUAAUGAACAAGAUGUAUCCCAAGAAUUAAAAACGAUGUUCUUGAACUCUAAGGAUAAAUAAGAAAUUGAGAAAGUCAAAAGAGAAUUAACAAAUGUUUUAUCAUAGGAAUUGGAAAUGGUAUCAUAGAAUCUUGGCGAAAGAUCAGAAUCAAAUGUUAAGGAGAUAGCAACUAAGUAAUUCAAACUCCUUCUUAGUAAAAUCUAGUCGUAGUUGAAGCAAUCAGUCUAGGAUAUAUCAGCAAAUCUGUAAAAAAGAGUUGAGACCUUAGUACAAGAGAGAAUGACUAGACUCUCUGCAGAAGUCAAACAAAAGAUUAGCAAGAAUUUGCAAAAUGGCGUCAUUCAGCCUAAUCAAAGAUUUUAAUAUUCUAAGGAGAGAGUAUUAUAAGGACUUCAAGAAAGAGAAGAGUAGUGUAAAUAACUACUUUAAUAGAUUGGAGAUUUUUAGAAAACUGAACUUAAUAGUCUGGUGUAGUAAGCAAAGCAUAAAUAAGGGGUGAAGCAAAUGUAAGCUUAUAAGGAAAAUGAAGCUCCUCAUAGUAAAUAAAGAUUAUCUAUUAUGGAUUAGAAGUAUCAUGAUGCCUAAAAGUCUGGAUCAACAAAUACAACUCAUGCUUCAGUUAAGAAAUAAACACUUUAAACUGAUGAUAGAAAAUCUAGGUUUGGAUCAGGAUAGUUUGAUCAAAAUGCUAUUAACUCUUAUAACGACUCAAUAAAAGCUCAUGUUGUAAAUAAAACUGAUAGCAAUGGAUGCAAUUAGUAGCAGAAUUAAAGCUUUGAUUUCGCCUAGCUAGACUAAUAUGAUUACUUGCCUUCUUCAAGAUAGGAAUACAGAUAAGGAGAUCAGCAUAUAUUGACUUUAAAUAAUGAAAUUUAAGAUUAGCAAAAUUUACCACCAAAUUCUUAGCACGACUCAAAGCUACAAAAAUUGAAGCAUAAGUACUAAAACAGGUAAAAAGCAGAAAGCAUUCAUCAGGAGGUAAGCUAGAAUUACCAAGGGCCAUAUAAUGAUCCAUCUUUCAGAGAGGGAGGUAUAGCUUCAAGCAGUAGUCUGAUGAUGUUCAACAGAAAUCAUGAAUAGAAUUAGCAAGGUAAAUUAUGCUGUAGACCAUCACCCAAGAAGCAGAGAGUAGAGCAUAAAUUCUAAACACCUAGAACAUAUGAAGACUACAAAGCAAGUGCAAGUUAAUCUAAAACAUUUGAUAAAUCUCAAAAUAAAUCACCUUUUAACUAAGAUAAAACUAAACGGACAGCAAUUUAAAAUCACAAGCAGUAGUCUCCCAAGACAAAGAAGCAUAAUACCAAAUUAAAAAGGAAUUCAAGUUCAAAUUCCCAGUAUAACAUAAUAGUGCAUCCAGCAGAUAGAAUUGAAGUAUAACAAAAUGAGAAUUAUACUCUAUUGACAACUGUUGAUAAGGAAAGGAGUUAACUAAUUGAAGUAUAAGAUAAGAAAAGAAUGAUGACAGAUUGUGAGGAAAAUAAAAGUUUGGAAAUGACUUGCACGAAAGAAGCUCAAAGUUAACUUAGAGUUUAGGAAAAUGAGAAAAGUCUCCAGAAAUCCUAGUCAACUCUUUCUCAGUAUGAAAGAGAAAUCGAAGAAAUUAUGAGAUGUAACAGUAAUUUGUCAGAGGAAAAUAAAGAACUAAUCGAACUUAGGAAUCGAAUUCAACGAAGAAUAGAGAAUUCAAAGAAAGCAUAGAAAUCUUGA